AGAUAGCCCAAAAUAUAUAAAACGCUGCAAUAUAUAUAAGAUAUACAUACUCGUAAUACGGGUAACUACGAACUAGUUGUGCAAAGAAACAAACCAUUCUUUUAGACACUUUUAAUAGAACAAUAUAUUUUACAGUUACACUGUUUUAAAACGGUAAAGAUAUGAUUAAAAUGGUUUUACAAAAGCACCAACAAUUGCUCUACAAAUAGGACAUGUUAGUGGCAGGCGUAUAUGUGUUGUAAAUAGUUCCAUCGCCAUUUGUGACCUGAUGAAAUAUUUCAUACUCGGUCAUAGAGACGGCGCACAGCCUGCACACUACAAUGUGUCCACAAGGUGUGGCCAUCCAUUCAUCGUAAGACACACGUUGCAACGCGUGUCUCCACUUCCUGGUUCUGAAGCCCCUUCGUCGUUUAAAGCGAGGCCCAUUUUUAUUUCGCUAAUCUGCCGCUCGAUUUCAUGAGAUGUCACAAAUUCAGUAGUGUCAUUGAUGGUCGGCACGAGCCUGUAAUUUAUAUACCUCGAUGGUCUUACGUCGGAUUGUGUUCGCUGCAUCUUUAAAUGACGUUGCCUCUUAUAUCCAUGAAAAUAAGCGACAUCUGGCAGCAGAGAGUUCCCCAUUAAAACUGUAGAGAUGUGCAACAAGCCUACAGGCUGCAGUCAACAGGGCAAAGAUCAUAUUGCCUCAUACAUGUCUUCACGUUUAUACACAAGGGAUAGACUGGCUCAGACUUCGGCCAAAGUGGCAGCCUUCAACGCCAGAACCACCGAACCUCCUACACAGGUCAGAUUUGAUCCCAGAGGGUACCUGAUUCUACAAGAAGACUCACAGAGGGUGUCGGUGCCAAAAACGGAACUAACUCUGUUUGAAAAUGAACAGAUUGACAUAAGGUGUCCCGCCUCAGCUAAGAACCAAUGUGUCAGAGUCAAAACCACCAGGAGCAGUUUGCCACCAAUACACCACCAACUGAGCAAAACCAACCACAACUGCACCCAUGGUGGGUUCUGGAAAACUAGGAGCCUUCACACCAACUUACCGAAACUUUAGAGAAUAACCGUUUGAAUUCAAAUGUAAAUCUCUUAAUUAAUCUGUAUUCUAUAUUAAAGAUACUUUAAAUUAUUGUACAUGAUCUAAAUCUAAUAUUUUGUGUGUACUGAAUAUCAAAUAAAAUCCACAUAAAAUGGUAGGUAAGAGAGAGCAAAAGGUGAUGGAACUUGAAAAUGUCAAAAUAUGUUCACAAACAGGCUUACAAUGAUUAGAAUCCCGACAUGAUCUAUAAUUUUGUUGAGAGUAGAACAAAAGUUUUUACAAUCAACAAGAUCACAGGCAUUAUUAGCUUAAACACAUUUACUGAUAUAUAAAUAUUGUAAAUUAAAAACCUAUAAUACUAACUGUUAAUUAAAUGCCAUGAUAAAUUUUGAAAUACCUACUCAUUAUAUAUUGCAAUAGAAUUACUAUGUAAUGUUUAAUGUUCUCAGUUGUUCUCAUAUCAUGCUAGUAAUUUGCAAGCUUAUAUUCACAAAUCUUCAUGCAUAUAUGGCAUACUCUAAAUGUAUCUUGUUUUCUUCUGUAUUUUUUCAGAGGUAAGUAGACUUCUGUGUAAUGUAAAAUAAUUAAUUUUAUGCACUUUUUUUAAUUUAUUAAUUUUAUAUUAAUAUGAAUGUAUUAAUUAAUUUUAUUGAUCUUUAUAAGUUUAUACUAAUAAAUAGUUAAACUAAAUACUUUUUUACAUGGCAUUAAGGAAUUAAGCAUAACAAUUCUAAUUAAUCUUUAUAAGUUUAUACCAAUAAAUAUUUAAACUAAAUACUUUUUUAAAUGGUAUUGGCAUACCAUUUAGCAUAACAGUUCUAUAUCCAAUUGAAAGAAAUAUCUUGAUUGAAAUCACAAGUAUACUAGUUUCCUAUUAUUAUGAGAUUAACAAUAAAAAUUAGUUUUUUCCAUAUAUGAACAGCUUAUGCAGUGUGAGUUAAAAGUAUGCAUACACUCUGUUUAGUUUUUGAUGGAUAAAGAUGAAGGGAUGGAA